CACGACCUCGGUAGGCCUGGCUGGAAAUAUUUUUUUGAAAGGCCUAUUAUAUAAAUCCGUCUUUGGUUGAUUCUGUCUGGGUCAAAUUGUGUAUUCUCCCCACCUUAUGUUGGUGUCUGUACGUACUGUACGGUGAGACGGCACAACGCUUAUACAACACUCGUUUGAAGAUUUGCACCGUACCAUCAGUCACCGAGUCUUGAUCGGAUUCCUGCCGAAGUAGAGUCAUGGGUUCUCUUCGCAGUGUUACCCUCCUGUUGGUGUGCUUUGCGGCCGUGGGUGCGGACGAACCCACCCCGUGCUGCGUGCCCAAACGAUACACCAUCAAGUUAGUUGAGGUAACCAAUGACUUGGUGGAUGGCGUCGUCACCUCUCUGGAACAGAACGUGCAUCAGGCUUAUGACGCCACCAACGAGCUUCGGUCUGAGAUACUGUGGCAGUACGACGCCGACACUGGAGUAACUGAGACCUCUAAGACCAUCUAUCUCUACCCACAGGCUACGAAGUACGUGAUCAAGGAUGGCAAGUGCACCAAGGAAGCACUGACUGAAAAGUUCCUCGAGCUGUGUGUGCCACAAUCUGCCCAUUUCGUGAAUACUUUCACCUUCGGUCUGGGAGAUUUUGCAAACAACUUGUUCUCACUGGCAGUACCGGCGCAGAGUUACGACAAUGUAUACGACUUUGUCGUCGGGACAGAGAAUUGCAUCCCGUAUAUCUUCUCGUCUCGGAGGGCGCCCCCUAGUGGCUCAGCAAGGGCUCCCUCUGCCGGACCCGUAUCCAUUCCCCUUCCCUUCAACCAAUCUCGCCUGGCCGUCGGUGCUGACGCCCCGCUGUCCGUCCGUUCCCAGUACUUCGACUACGAGGAAGGAAUCGCAGACCCGUCCUUCUGGUUCAAGCCGCCGCCGGAAUGCCAGAAGUUGCCCACCGACGAACAGAAGGCAUCCGCUAAGAAAAUGGCCGGUCGACUGAUGGCAAAAUUCAAAGGGAAGAAUUUUGUUGCCAUCUAAAGAGCCUCCCCGGCCCCAAACACUGUUUAUUUUUGAUAUGAGUUUGCAAAAAGAAAAGGUAGUUUCUUUGUAGCAAAGCAAAUUUAGAAUUUUGCGAUUUCAAAUGAUGAGUAUAUUCUCUAUUCGGAGUAAUGAUUUAAGAAAAUGAUUUUAUGAUUUUCUUAAGGUUUGGAAGUCAUUUUCUUUUCAUUAUCAAAGUACUGUACUUAAGAAUGUAGUGAAAUGGCAUGAAAAGACGUUUUUGAAAUACCUUCCCGUUUACCAUUUUCAUUUUGACUUGGAAAUGUUUUCUUAGGCCUACCAGGUUAUAUAGACACCAUUGAAAGUAUAGGAAGCAAUCGCAAUCUUCUGUUAUCAAUAUUUUGGAAAUGCAUUGCUGAAAGGACAUAGUGCACUGUGAUAACAUACUAACUUCAAAGGAGGAAAAUACCACUUCAUUUUAAGAUUUGAAACUUCAAUACAAUUUCACUCAACUUUCACCUAUACCGAUCUUACAUCACAGUUGCUGUAUACAACGUUUUUUUGCUUGUUGAAAACAAACCAAGUUUAUAGGAACAAGUGACUUCGUGUAUUCUGUUCAGGGUGAUUGAUGAAUAAAGUAAACUGCAGCGUAUUGUUUGUGCCUGUUUGUCAAUUGGCUGAAUGUU